GCUUCAAACGACGAGGACCAACAGGGGAAGGACUUCUUCCGCUACAACCCGUCCAAGGCUCGUAGCAGAACCUACGUCAACAUGCGGGAGGUGUCGGAGCGCUUCACGCUGCCCCCUGGGAAAUACCUGCUGGUCCCCACCACCUUCCAGCCGCACCACGAGGCCGACUUCCUCAUCAGGAUCUUCUCUGAGAAAAAGGCUGCAGCGCUGGAGAUGGGGAGCAACGUCGACGCCGACCUGCCAGAUCCGCCCAUGCCCAGCGCUCCAGAGGAGGAGACCGACGAGGAGAAAGGCCUGAGGAGGCUGUUUGAGCAGCUGGCCGGUGACGACGAGGCGAUCAGUGUGAACGAGCUGCAGCAGAUGCUCAACGGAGUUCUCAGCAGACGGAAAGAGAUUAAAUUUGACGGCCUGAGUCUCAGCACCUGCCACAGUAUCAUCAACCUGAUGGACGUGGACAACACCGGGAAACUGGAGUUCCAGGAGUUUAAGGUCUUCUGGGAAAAGAUGAAGAAGUGGAUCAUGCUCUUCUUGUCGUUCGACACCGAUCGCUCAGGGAAGAUGUCGUCCUACGAGCUGCGCAUCGCGCUCAAAGCUGCAGGGAUGCAACUGAACAACCAGCUCCUGCAGCUGAUCGGUUUGAGGUUUGCUGACGACAACUACGACAUUGACUUUGACGACUACCUCACCUGCAUCGUCCGCCUGGAGAACAUGUUCAGAGUUUUCCAGGCCAUGGACAAAUUCAAGAGGGGGCGUGUGAAGAUGAACAUGAUGCAGUUCCUGAUGAUGUCAAUGAACGUCUGAGGAGAGGAGAGACCAGACAGGAGCCACCAGAAGAACAAAACACAGCAGGCGGAGCUUCGAGGGCAGUGUGUCGAAUAUACACACAUUUUCUUUUUCAUGUUUCCAAUUCUAGACAUCUCCCCAUUUUUUAAAUGCCAUUAAAUACCAGUGUGGACUCGUGA